UGAGCCGUCCUGGUGUUCCGCAUCCUGGCGAUCCAUGGAAGGAUGUUGGCAUUUGAAGGGCUGGGUUUCUUUUUCCCGAUCCAAGCAGAGUACGCCAUCAAGGAUUCGUCUCUCGCUAAUAAGGUGGAGCUAUAAGAAGAUCCUCCGUUUCCUGGUUGACGGAAAGGUCAAUUGCCGGUGUUCCAUUACCCUACUACAUUCAGCUCUGCCUUCUAUACUAAAGAAAGAGGAAAAAGACAACGGAAAUCCAAAAGGAAAAGCGAGAAAAGUUAAUGCCUCAGCCGUCCGACCAAGGAAAGAGCAAGAAGGGCAGGUUUGGCUAGACAUCUCUCUCUCUCGCUCUCUCUCUCUCUCCCCCACCCUCUCUCCUCCUCUGUUCCCACGCCUCAUCACAAGGGUUCCAGCUCAAAAUAUGGUGGGGUGGGGCUUUCUUCCGUCACACAUGCACGUCCGUUGCACCCACGUCUCUCCUCUGCCCCAAGUCGAGCUAAGCCCACAGAGGCAACAAAAGUGUAGAACCAAAGUUACACACCUUUCCCUCCCUACCCUCACCGCUUACUCUCCCUUCCCCUACUCCCCCCAACUUAUAAUGCCUUCCUUCUUCCUCUACGCCACCUUCUGCCGUGGGAAUCUCUCUCUCUCUCUCCCCCUCAGAAUCUUCUUCUCCUGCUUCCCACACAAGAAGCAUAGGAAGUCGAACAGGAAGAGCCAGAAUGAGACCGCCCGCUGUCUCAUUGCUGCUCGCUAUCUUCCUUCUGUCCGCCGCCGCAGCCUUGACCGCCGGAGUCUCGCCGCACAUCUACUCCGACGAGCAGCAGCCACCCGAUGCCGGCGGUGUCGCCUCCACAACGGUCCCGGCGUUCCCCGUGGCCGGCGCGGACAACCAGAGCGCGUGCCACCUCGACCUCUCCGACGAGCUCUUCGGCGGGGUCGGCGAGGCUUGCAUCCGCGGUGGCCUCGACCAAGGCCGCUGUUGCCCGGUGCUCGCGGCCUGGCUCUUCGCCGCGCACGCCCGCUCCGCCAUCGAGGUCCGGCCGCCGCCCGCUGCCGAAGACGGGAUGGACGGCGCGGACCGGCCGGUGAUGCCGGACGACAACCAGAAGUGCGUGGACUCGUUGCAGAGCGCCCUGGAGCGGCGCGGCAUCCGCCUGCCGCGGCCCAACGCCACGUGCGACACCGUGCUCUGCUUCUGCGGUAUCCGACUCCACCAGAUCGGAUCGCUCCGGUGCCCGGCCGCCUUCAACGUCAGCGGCGUGGGGGUGGCGGCCCGGAACGCCACCCCCACGGCGGCACUGCAGCAGCUGGAGCACGACUGCGGGAAUGCGUCCUACGCUGGAUGCACGCGCUGUCUCCACUCCCUCGAGAAGCUUAAGGGGAACGGCAGCGGGGAGCGGGCGACGAGGAUGUUCGACCGCGACUGCCAGCUGAUGGGGCUGACGUGGCUGCUGGCGAGGAACAGGACGGCCUUCAUCCCCACCGCAUCCGCCGUCCUGCGUGCACUUCUCUACGGUGCCGCCGCCCCCCUUGCGCAGGAGGAGGAGUCCCAGUGCAGAUGCAGCCGGGACCAGGACGACAUGCCCCUCGCCGUCGACUCCCUCCAAUUCCAGCACCUCAGCCAGCAGCAGCAGCAGCAGCAGGAGGAGGAAGACGACUCCUCUUCCUCUCGUUCCCCUUCUCCUUUCCCCUUUCCACUUCCCCUUUCUUCCAUCGUCCUGCUUAUUGUCCUGCUCGCUACACUUCCCUUCCCCUUACUCUAACCAAUAACCUCCGUGUCCCCUUUUUAUUUUCUUCUGUAAUUUUGUUUUGUUUUUGGUUACCCCCUCGCUCGCUGUAUAUGCAAUGCUCCUCCGGCCUUGUUAGGUUC